GCUUAUCUGAGCAUUAAAGUCACCUCCUACGAGUACUAUGUCUGGACGUUUAGCUUUCUGAAGAAGUUCAGAGAGCUUUCUGUAAAAUUCAUCUUUCACUUCAUCCGAGCUGCAGUCAGUAGGAGCGUAGGCAGGAACGACAAAAAGGCAACGACGUGUGUCCCUAUCCUUCCGAAUUCUUACAGAGCCGUUCAACCGAACAGCACAUAAACGACUGUUAACGGGGAUCCACUCUAACAGUGCUUGUUCCGCCCUCAUUAUUAGUGCUAUGCCCACACCUGCCAGUCUAUGAGAACUGGCCAUCGAGUCACCAGAUACACGGAGGGUGCAUCUCGUUGGCUCUCCGUUUUGGCGAGCUGGGGUCAAGUGAAUGCCACACUAGGAUCCUGUGUGUUUCGGAGACACAGCAUACAUCAAUGGUACGAGACUAGGGUUUUAGCCAAGGAAGCCUGCUGACCUAUUUGACCUAGGGUGCGAAGCUCUAACAGCACUCAAGACCACUAUAUUCAUAAUCAACCUCCCUCUUCAAUUCUUAUUAUUCCUCCUACAUCGACUUUCAACUCUAAACUUCCUCUUUCGGCGUCCUCAAGUGUCACCAUAGCCAACGAUUCUGAAGCGCGAAACAUUGUCCUAGGUCUACUGAAACCUCGCUCCAAAUUACACAUUGUAGCUUUCAACGUACGCAACGUACACAAGAAAACCAAAAGUAGGUUCCAGGAACAACUGAGGUCACACUUAGGUAGUUCUGAAAACGAGGCUGACCCAGAUGUUGUUUGGAAAGACAUACAAACAGCUGUGGAAACAGCAGUGACAUCUAUUAGUGAUUUAAACCACAGGGUUACAAAGAACCAAUGGAUUUCUUCAAGGUCUAUUGCACUGAUAGAUUUUCGCAAACUCAUCCCAUCAGGUUCUGAACACGAUGAAGAGCGUAAACAAAUCAGAUCUAGGUUAAGCAAAAGUCUAAGAAACAACCGUGAGCAGUGGUGGGCAACGAAAGCGAAAGAGAUGGAAAAGGCGGCGGCUAUAGGGAACACAAGACAGCUCUACAGACUGAUAAAAGAAACUGGAAUUAUUAAGUCAAGUGUAAGUCAGACUAUUUCGGAAAAAGACGACACUCUCAUCUGCUCCCAGUCCACACGUUUAGAACGAUAGGUGGAACAUUUUAGAGAACAUUUCAGCUGGACUGUAGCUACUCUACAACUACCCACCAUUCUCCCAACUCUAGCUGAAGUUCAAAAGACUAUAGUUAAUCCGAAACAAGGAAGGGCAGCUGGUCUAGAUGGAUUGGCUCCAGAGGUCUUUUUUAGCCCGUCGCCAUUUGUUAUAACUUGUAGCCUGUGCGCCCUGUUAAUGUAUAAGGUAACGAUACCUCCAAUUAGAGAGCAGUGAAUUACCGAUCGGACCAGUGACGCAUAAAACCCGUGAGAGCAGUCUAGAGUCCUUAUUGGUCCUGCUUUCCGCCUAGUCCAGCCGGUUAAGUCCAGAAUACUAAUCUCAAGCUCUGUAAUAUGAAUCAUUUAUUUCAAGCAUACUGGGUAUAUAAAGCAACCAGACAGACCACAUCGUAACAAUAAAAUAGGAAAAAACAUUUAUACAAUAAUUAGCCAAAUGUGGCUGUGAAUGUGAGAGGUAGUAAUUAAUAGACGGUAUAAUUCAAGAAUGGUAAAACGUAUAAUAAUAGUUCAUAGGUCAAAAUAAGGCUCAUAAUAAGAGGGACAUGAAUAUGUAUAUUUUAUUUAUUUAAGAAUUAUGCGAUAAAUUAUAAGCAUAGUAUUGGUCCAUAAAUGGAUCCCAAAGUUACCAUUUAUUAUGCUUAUCGGGACAUAACACAGAAACCUUGCAACCCCUCAAGCAGUUUAAAUUGAUUAGUCACUUUAAUCUGGAUAACACUUUAGCGAAAUUCUCUUUUUGGUUGAGUUGUUCUGUUGAUAGUGUACUGGUAUAUAUCAUCAUGCUAUUCUGUAUUGCUGUACUGCUUCCAGAAUUAUUCUCCAUACUCAAGCUCUGUAACCAUCUAACUGGCUCAUCUAAAUAAGCAUGGGGCUUAAGCCUACUGAUGUCUCCAGUUAUUUCUGUAAUCUACAAAUCAGUUUGUUGACAGCUUAAUCUGUCUAUGUAAUCCGAUUCUCAAAAAUUAAGUCUAACGGUCAGGUCCUAAAUAAUUGGAGAAUUAGUGAUCUACAAGCUGAUUUACUCCAAUCGCCUGUGACAAAAUUUUUGAUUGGUACUUAUUCCUUACGUCAAACACUACGAUUCUGUUGUUAUGAGCAAUACCCACUCAAUAUUUGACUUUUUCCUCUACUUGGUAUAUAUACAUUUUACUCAUUCUUUUUUGAGUUUUGUUCUUUCCUACAUAAGUGGAUAUUUUUUGGUAGUAAAUAGCAGCCUACAUUGCUAAUUGCAGGUCUACCUUUCCAAUGCUUGUUCCACUUCCCAAAUCACUUGAUAUCAUCCUAGUUCUUCCUAACCUAUCUCGAUGAUCUGAAGUUACCGGUUAAUUAUGCUUAGCUUUUUCGGUUCAUCCGUAAAAUACUCUAAAUGAAUCCAGUUUAAAAUAUGAACUAAAUACGGGCUUCUUUUUUCUUUCCUCGUUUUUAAGAAAAAAAAUAUUAGCGAGACUAUAAUUUAUGAAUGGACCAAUCAGGUAUCAGAUAACAGGUCUCGGAUUUUGGCGCGAAAUUCAUUUAUCCAUUUGGAUAAACAGAGUUUUAGCAAUAUAGCUGAUGUCAUUUCGUGAUGAAAACCCGAAAUCUAAUUCCUAACCUUAAUCAUCAACUGUAAUUUCUAAUUCCCCACACAGUUUUAUAACCCCCAUUUGGUCUUGGUUAUUAAGUGGACACUCUCAAGGUCAAUCUGGCGUCGCUCAAAGGUCGUCCAUAAAUUAUGGUCUCACCAAAAAUAUCAGUACCAGAAGUUUAUAGUUUCAGACUGUUAGGAUGCACUUCAGUCACAUGUAUAGCGAUUCGUGUGUCAUCUGAAGUUACGUUUUGUACUGUAGAAGCAUUCAAAACAGCGUGUAUAAACUCUGAAAAGUAAGGAAACUAUUAAAAAACAAGAGCCAAAAACACAGUGAGCCCAUAGGAUGUACUUAAUACACUUAAUAAUGACCAGGGUCGGCAAUAACAUGUAAAAUCAAGACAAUUCGACACUAGGAACUGGCGUUAUAUUUCGAAUCCGUUGCAACAUGGUCCCAAACAAGUUAAAUCGAUAUAAAAGCUGACAGAAUUAUGUAUUCAUUAUUCACUACUGUUUAUUCAGUACAAAGAAUCCUCAGCACAAAAGUACAAAAUAUUGCAACAAAUUUCUAUUACUCUAAAUUCCAUGACAUCCAAGGUUUUCUCUAAAUAUUGACUUUCCAUCACAGAUGUUUCCGGUUAGUUACAUUACAACUUAGCAUGUACACGGGUGCGACUAGUAAGUUAGUCCCUUCAGACAACCACUAGCAUCUGCAGCGAUUCUGCCUCCUCGCAACAAAAAGAAGAGGUUAAAAAAGGUUGGUCCUAGAAAUGUCACACCACGUUAUUCCACGGAUUUCCAUAUCCAAAGGUAAGGCCUUCAGAGUAUGGAGUUAAAAUCUCACAAAAAAAGCACUAUGACUUGUCUCAAAAAGCUGUCCUCUGAGCAUUGCGGCCACACUUUCAGAUCUAUAAGACCUCGGCUAACCUGGCUUCCUUUUCAUGUAUUUUAAGCUGAACCAUCGUUUAACGGUGUACUCAGCUGAUAAGUAACGAUUACCCUCAUACCUCUAACAACACCUGAGAUCAUCUUGUUCGCCAUCAAAUCCUCUGAUUUUGUAAUACUUGUAUAACCAUCAUAUUUCGCUUUACCUUUAUUUAGGGUACGUUUUCUGGAUUUUACUAAAAACGCAUGCCAACCACAUUGAUAUCUCCUGUUUUUUGUUUGGUGUUCAGGGUUGUGAUAUGUUGUGAAUAAAUAGUACGAUCAACGGUUGUUGUCAGUUAAAACAAAUUAAAAUCAAGAAAACUUUACCCAGUAUUUACACAGAUGAUGAGUAAACAGUCCAGAAAUUCAAUCUGGUCAUCAUCGUAUCAGCCAUAGUUUCUGUGCGCACAUCAGCAAUACAAUAAAACCAAAUUUAUUAAGACAAUGCCAUCCAAGCAAUCUAUCAUAUGUUGAAUUAAUCUCCAUGGCUUUAGUCAAUUACCAGACCUUCUCAUAGCUGCUAUUGUUUAAAUUCAUUUCUACGAUCUUUUAGUUUUAUUCUUUAUUCAUUACUGACUGGAUAAAGUAAUUUAGUCAUUAGUUUUCACCCUGUUCUACUUGUGAAGAACUGCAUGGAGCUGGUGUAUUUGCUAUGCGUUCUUUUUCUGUGCCAACAGCAAUUCCAAGUUCUUGCUUACCUCAAUAUCAAGUUCAAAAUAAUUUCUCUCAGCAAAACCAGGCCUUUUUAAAUUCCAUGGCUCAACCUACAUUUAGCCUAAUGCCGGCAGUUUCUUACUCUUCUAUUCCUGUAUGCACAUCUCCAACGUCUACAAACCCUAUACCUGGAUCCAAUAUCAUACAGUCUCAACAGCCUGUAAUAUUUUCUGCGUGAGUUUAUUUCAUCCUAUUUAUUUCGUUAAAUUUUAUCCUGUUAGUAAUCAUUAAAAUUUUUUGGCAAGUGAAACCUUUUUUCGCUUAUUUAAUUACCUUUUUGAGUUAGGAUUAGCGGUUCACAAAAUCUUAUUUAAAAAUACUAACCAAUAUUGAUGAUUAAUCUUUAGAUUUGGGAGAAUUUAAUUGCCAUAUACACAGGUGUAUCAAAACUUGUGGUUUUCUGUUUUCAGAUCAUCCAUCCUUUGGAUAUGUUGAAUAUAUUUGUCAAUGUACAAACUCCUGUUGGUUUUUAAUACAUUUAUGUUCCUCCCUUAUACUUUAGUCGUAUGCAAUGAUUCCUUGUUUUAUAUUCUAUUAGACUAGGUUUCUUCGUGCAAAACUAUCAUAACAGUGGUAUUUGAUUGGAGUAUUCUUCAGAGCUGUUCACUCAGAUAUUAUCGACAGUAUGAAAAUCGGGGUUAUCAACAGUUAGCAAGCAAAAUACUUACAAGCUUUUAUACUUUUAAUCAUUUCUUACAUAAUUUUUGUCAUUGUAUCUGUUUCAGUAAGCUUUGAUUGCUUUAAAAGAAAAGCAUAUAUAAUUAGUAUGUAAACCGGGUGGUAAGAUGUACACUUUUCAGUCGGUUUCCUCUCUGUUUCUGUUCCAAAUUUUCAAAUGCUUGAUAAAUAGACGAAAAAUGUAACAUUUCUUACUCUUUAUCAUCCGGAAAACAAUUUAUACAACAUAAAUAAUAGUAGUAGGCAAUAAUUAGUUAACUUUUUAAAUAACCUGACAUUUUAUAUUGAGUUUGUUUACGUUUCCUGUCUUGCAAACUUUUUCAUACAUUAGUACUCCAAAUAACGUCCGCAAUGCAACCUGUAGUGAUAAGACGACCCCAUAUGAUAUACUAGGAGUAUCUCACUAAGACAAUAAAUUCGGAAUAGGGAGUGAAGUAGUCGAACGCGUCGACAAUUUCACUUAUCUUGGAAGUCUAAUCAGCCCAAAUGAGUUAGCGUCUGACGAAAUCUCCACACGGAUUCGAAAAGCUUGUUUGGCUUUUGCCUAAGGGACGAGUAUACUGCGCGGCAGUUCGUUCUGUUCUAAUUUACGGCCUCGAAACGUGGCCAUUAAGAGUAGAAGAUACUUGUGAGCUACUAGUGUUUGACCACAGAUGCCUUAGAAAUAUUGCUGGCGUCUGCUGGGAUCACCGGGUAAGUAAUAGUGAGGUUCGACGCAGGGUAUUAAGGAAUGAUGGUAAAUCAGUUGAUGAGGUUGUGAAUUUUCACUGACUGAGAUGGUUUGGCCACCUUUAUUUCUACGAACUAAUAUACAAUCUUUUAUAUAUUUCUACCAUUGGAGUAACUGCUUCUACGAAUUUGAUGUUCAUCUUGCUGUGCUAAUGAGGUAUGGCAACUUGGACCUAUGCAUGUAUGUGUCUGGUCCUACUUUGUAGCUAACUGACUGACAAAUUAUUCAUUCAUAUGGGUUUAAAUUAACAUAAAUCGCACUCUCGUUUAAUUUUUGUCCUUUUCUUGUCAAUCCUUAAACAGAGCUCCGGGAAACUUUUUCCUUGCCCAAUCUACACCUAUUGGUACUCCAGUUGUGGGUGCUCCAUCAUUUGUCUUUGCUCCUGGUCAGACUAAUCAAAAUGCUUUUGUGGUUGCUCACCCAUUAUCCCAGGCACCCAUCGCGGGACAAAUGGCCACUCAUACAAAUCCAGCAAAUUGUGUUAUUCGUCUUCCUGAUGGACGGUUUGUCUUACCAGCUACUGCUCCUAAUAAUUUAAAUCUUCAAUCAUCUUUAACUCGUAUUUGUGGCCCUCAGCCUAAUUACUUCCCUGUUACAGUAUCUGCACCUACUAGUGUAAAUUCAUCUACAAUACCUUCGUUGACUCCCCAAAUCGCCCAACCACCAUCAGGCCAAGCAUUCUAUAUUCAGAUGCCAACCAGUUGUGUCAGUGUUGGUAAUACAGUUUUCACUACCUCUCAACUGAAUACUGGUACUAAUUUUCAAACUCAUCCAAUGUCAACAAUGAAACCAGGACCUCAAGUAUCCUUCGCUAACUCACAGAUGAAUGCUUUAUAUGGCCAAUCCGGUACUUUUAUAACCCCUGCGACUGGAUCAAAUCAAGCUCAGUUGGCUCCUAGACCACUUGGUACUAAUUUGAAUCCUGCUUGUUCUGGAAUAAUGAUGAAUAGAUCUGGAUUACUUCUCCCCACAGGCUGCAGUCCUGGAACUCCAAUAUUAGAUGCAUACACUGUACAAAAUCAAAAACUAGGUAUUGGAACGAAUACAUCACAGUACACUAGUCUUCAAGCUUUGCCAAGUGGAAUGGCCGUUGCCCGAUUGCCGAAUGGAACGUACGCUACAGUGUCGCUUAGUUCUACUGGAAUAUCAGGUUCAUCACCGAUUUUUGUAAAUAAUGCUUGUGUUCCAUCUACACUGGCUAAUCCAAAUGAUACCUCAACUGCACCAAAACGUAGUGCUCCUAAUUCACGUACCAGACCAAAGUUAACUGGUUCUCCACCUGCCGAUACAGAUGUACUACGUCGUUUAGAUGAUCAAAUAGCUUCAUUACAACGUUUGACUGCACCUACAGAAAUGCAAUUAAAUAGACUAAAGCAGCUUGUUGAAGUUAAACACCAAUUAACAAAAGUAUCUAAUAUAUCUGCCAAUCCUCCCAAUGCAUUGGCUCCUCGUAGCUUGCCAACAUCUAAUGCGGUUACGAAUACUCCUGCUUGUCGAAAUCCUAGUCCUGUGUGUGCGCAGAUCACUCCAAGUGUGCGUCGUGAAGUCUUAGAUUUACUUUCUCAGCACAAAUUACUACCACAACCUAUUGGAUCUAGCAAUGAAGAAACUUUCAUAGUAGAAUUUCGUCUAAAUCAACAAAGAUAUCAACUGCGACUAACUCGCUCUCAAAAAGUUGAUAUGGAACGUUUACUUUUUACUAAUACUCCACAACGUCAGGCUGAAGUGUUAACUAUUUUUCAACAGGAACAAAGUCGUCUGCUUGCUUCAACACCACGGGCAAGAUUACCAGCUCCUUCCAGUCAAAGUAGUAAUCCAGUUAUGACAACAUCUCCAGUUGUUGGGUUUAGUAUUGCUUCACAACCCUUACGAUUACAAUCUGGAAUUCCAACGUUUGCAGCUGCUCCUAUGCACACUUUUCAUGGUACAUCUGGUCUACGACUGGUUACAGCUCGGCCAGUUGUACCACCAAAUGCUAUAUCAGGACCUAUUGUUCGAUCAAAUAUUCCUCCUGUAUGUUCUUCAACUCCAGUUGUAGGUGUUGUUACUGCUUUAGCUGUACCUCCUAUUGGAACUUGUGUUAAUAAUCCUAUGUUUGCACCCGCCUUAGCUUUAAAUUCUGCUGCAGUUAAUAUUCCUACAGUUUCACCUAGUCUUUCAAUGUCCUCAGCAAUGAUGUCCACCAUAAAUGCAACAAGUGGUUUACUAACAACAAUACCUACAACUUCAUUUAGUUCAACUGUGAAUAAUGCAGCGCAAAACUUUGUUUUAUCGAAUUCAACUUUAGUCAAUUCUACUGGUACUACAAUUCUAACUCCUAAUACUAGUGGGUUCUGUACACAGUCUGGUCCAUUCACAUUACCACCUGAAUCUAUUAAUGUUGUUAAUUCGAUACGACCCGUAGCACUGAAUAUUCAACAAGCUGCUAGAAUAGGUCGACUUCGUGCUUAUUUAACCAAUGAUCUUAGAUUAGCAGUCGACAAACCGCCAACAUUACAAACUAAUGAUCCAACAAAAUUACCAAGUCCAUUAGAACUACUUGAAGCGUUGGCACCUUAUCACGUUCUUAAUGAUGCAGAUAAUACUAAAGAAGCCUUAGAUAAAGUUGACCUAAUAUUGGAAAAAUCUGUUAAUCUACUUUUACAGAAGAAAAAAGAAACAAUUGAAGCUGUGAACUCUUUAAUUUUCAAGGAAUCAUUGCACAAACUAGAACCAUUUUUAGAAGACCGUUUACUGGUAGCUAACAUGGCUUUAGAUUUGGAACGUGAUGUAUUUACUACUGAAAAAGAAAUAUUUGCAGAAGCGUUAAAUUUUGACAAAAAAGAGAAUUGUGUUGAUAUUCAUAAUGAUGAUAAUGAUAAGAAACCAAUUAUUGUUGAGUCAGUAAAUGAGCAAUCUAUAUCAAACAAAUACAGUGAUGAUAAAAGGCAUUUGAACAAGAAAAUUACUCCCAUUUUAAAGCACUCAGUUUCUUUGCUUCCUUCACCAUGGUGUGAUCUCUUAGGUCCUUUAGCCUAUCUACGUCCUUUAAACUUUGAUACUAAUGGUAACACAACUGUAGCUGAAAUUAAACUCCCUUCAAACGACUCAGAGUUAACAGUACACAAUGAAAAUAAUACACACGCUCAAAUACAAUCUUCUACUGAUUCUUCUUCCAAUAAUGUGAUAUUAAUUAAUUCAAUAUCUGAAUCAAAUACCGUUAACUUAGCAAAUAAUUUGCUAGUAGAAAAACACAAUGAUUAUGAUGAGGAUGUAAAUGAUGAAUCGUCGGAUGAAGCUGAAGCUGAUCGACUACUUGGUCUUGGUGGUGGUGGUUGUAGUAGUAAUAGUAGUGGUAUUCCAGCUUUAAUUAUUAAUCGGUCAAAAUUAUUGGAUAACAAUUCUACAAAUGGUCUACUCGACAAUAAUAAUAAUCAUCAAUCUACUGGAGGUAUUAGAAAUCAUUCGGAAUGCGAUGGGGGUGGUGGUGAUAGUGACGAUGGAGAAUUCGAUGAAGCUUAUGCAUUUUGGCAAGAAUUAAUGCAUGAUAGAAGUAUCAAUAUUGAGGAUAUGAAUGCCGGUCUAAUAGAGAAUAAUUUUGAUAAUGAAUCUAAUUUAUUGGAUGAACCACCUAAUAAAUCAUUACGUUUACUUGACAAUGGACAAACUCAUAGCUUACCAACAGUUCAACACUCUGAAGAUCCAGAUAUUGAUGCAGCAAUUCGAAGUAUUCUAUCGACUACUGACUAAUACGACAAUCAAGAAACUAUCUUUUGUAUAUUAUGUUAAUAUUUCGAAAUUCAUUAAAAUCACCAUAUUGUUAUCAUUAUUAUUAUUAUUAUUAUAUAGUAUUAUGUAUGGUAUCCCACUUGUGUAUGCCCUAAUCUGAUCUUUCAAAAUUUGUACAUUAUUGUAUCUUUUCAUUUUUACAUGUAUCAAUGAUUUCCCCCUCUUUUCUCUUCCGUAAAAAAUAAAAGUUUAGUAAGACUUCUUUAGAUAAUCCUGUUUGUUUAUUGUUGUUUCUCUCUUUCUUUUUUAAUAGAAAAAGAUAUCUAUUUCAUCAUAUCUUUCCUCAUUUUAUAAUAUUUAUAACAACAGAAUAUUUCUACAUUGUGUUUAGUCUUAAUCAUACUCUUCCAUACAUUCAAGUGUGCCUUUUUUGUUCUGCUUACUUAACUUUCUAUUGUCCUAUUCUCGCCUAUUGCUUUUUCUUCUUCUUCUUCUCCUCCUCCACUUUGUCUUAUCUUCACCCUUUGAUAUUUUUUUUUGGAUUCUAUUACAACAAACAUAUCGCUAAAAUUAAUGAUCUUAUUAGUAGUAUCUUUGUUUUAAUUUGAAUUAUUUUUUGAGUACAGUCAUCUAUUCAUAAUCUUGUAUAAUAACAAAUGGAAUGGAUCAAGAUCAGAAAUGAUAAUAAUGAUAAUAAGUCAGUUGUCAUGAAAAUGAAAUGUUCCGAUUAUGUGUUGUUUAUAUUGUUGUCGUUGUACAGUAAUUUCUUCCUCUUUUUUUCUCUUUUACUUCUUUGUUUUCUAGGUGUAAAUUUUUUUUUCUCUAUUCCUUGUACAUGUAUAAGCCCUUUGUGCAUAUUAUACAUAUGUAAUUCUUAAUUGGUUGAAAUGUGGCUUGUUUUACGCGACAAUUCCUUAUCAUAUACAUACAAGAUUUCAAACUUGACUGUUGAAGAAGAACUUUCUUUCUUAUUCAUUUUGUUAGUUUGAAAUAUACAUAAAUAAAUACAUAUAUAUUCACUUAUAUAUAUUUAGUUAAAUUUACCAAAGGAAAGUGUUAUGUUGACUACUUGUCUGUUGCGUAAUAUCGUAAACAUUAAUUUCAAUAACUUUUUGUCAUGUAUAUACAGAAGAAAUUAUUCGUACAACAACCCCCGUAUAUUUUAGAUGGGAUCGUGGAUGUGCACUGCUGAGGAGUCUCGUACUAGGACGAAACGGCCGUCCAGUGCUUCCAGGUUUUCCAUGGUGGUCUAGCUUGAAUUGAUUCAUGAUCUCAACUAUUAGGAUUAUUAUGAAUAAACUACUGUCUUCGUUUGGUUAUUCGUAAAAUUAUUCUAAAUCAUUUUCGUACAUUUAAUGUUUAUAUCCUAAAGAAUGAAUGAAAGUCGUCAACAUAAUUAAUAAAUGACUGUAUCUCUUUAUACAUAGUUAUAGUUAUUUAGUGAAUUGUACACGGAUAUAAUAGACAAGAAUUAUGCCUAACACAUUCAAAUUUUAAUUGAUUAUAAAGUUAGUGAAAUACACCACUGAUUUUCUUCAAUCGUCUAUGAUGUUUGAUUAUGUUAGGUUUUCUGUCAACGUGUUUAUAAGUAUACUAUUUUAUUAGAUAAAAAGGCCUAAUUUUAUGGGUACUUAUCCUUAACUCGUCUACUAAGUUGAUUAUCGAGAUAUAAUACUGUGUUUUGGAUAAGAAAAAGAAUGUAGACGUGGUCUAGAGGUUAAGCGUUCGCGCACGACACUGAAGAUUCUGGGCUCGUGGGUGUGUACUGCUGAAAAGUCCCAUACCAGGAUGGGACAGUUGUCUAGUACUUUCACGUGUUCAAUGUUGGUCUAACAUUGAUCGAUUCACGAUCCCAAGUAAAAGGGAGUUUUGGUGUGUGGUAAGAUUCUACGGUACUUUAUUUGUAACAACUACCAGUGCUUUUGUUAACAUUUAUAUUCUGAACAAAACCUAGAGCUAAUAGAAAUGUUGCACCAUUAGUAUAUCUAGAACAUAUGCUAACUUCCUGAAGAUAUCGAAUUCCACGUUGGCUUGGAAAUAGUUUAAGUCACUAACGUAAGAACUACUUACGGUGAUGUCUAUUUAUUUCAAUCUUUGACCUAUGACCGUACGGUCAAAUUCCUUUAGUAAUGAGUUAUCUCAUGAUGAACAUCAUUGAUAGGUGUUUGCAUAAUUUAAACUCUCAGUCACCUCUUGUUAGACGUCCACCUACCACCAAUAUUUUCUGUGUAAUAGUCACUUCGUUUCACCUUCAGUCAGUAGUUUUGACAUUAAGAUUCAUCCUUACUCACUUAAAUUUAAGGGUAACUUGUGGUCUCAUUUGCUUUUACAAGAAUAGAGUCCUUCGAAAUUGAAUACAUUAGGUCAUAGUAGACCAGUAAUAUUAAUUGUCAUAACUGAAUAGAUAUUCAAAAUGCAACUUGAUCGCACAUACGCAUGGAUUGCGAUCAGUCAUGAAAACUUCGAGAAACACUGGAGCGAUUUACUUAUAUUUAUUGGGAAAUUGGACUGUCUUGUAGACUUGCAUACCCAAGUAAACAGAGCUUUAUUCGUUCAUGAACCAUACUUUUGUGUGGGCUAGUGAUACUACUUGUUUAGCUGAAAGGAACUAGUUAGGCGAAAAUUCUCACAUGACAUUAAAUGGAUAAAAGUAGAAUUCUUCAACUAGUUCUCCAUUUCAUUUUAAUAUUGAAUCCAUUGGCUUUCAAUUGGGGAAUGUUUACCCUUGAUUGUAAUAUACAGCGUACAGAUAUUUUUUUCAAGUUAUCAAUAUAAUAUGCAUGCAAAUUAGUCAAUAGUCUGAUAUGUCAGGAAACCCAUUAAAGUCUUUUACAAUAGCUGAACUAUAUGAAUAAUGAUUAAGUCUACUUAGAGUAACUUGGUAAUAUUAAAGUAACUUAUUCACAUUCUCAUUAAAAUCAUUGUUUCAGUAGUAUAUUAAACUAUAAUCCGAAUUUACCCGUGAACUGUUU